AUUAUAUUUGUUAUGAAUGAAUGCGAGAAAUGCAUAACAGUAAUUUUAUUUGUGAUGGUAUUUGUAUAAUUAACCUAUCAAAAACUUACCGAAAAUACUUACGAAUCGCAAGAUAUAGCCUAAUAUAAAAAAAGGUCACCACGUAAUUAUGUAGGUAUAUGGUGCCAAAAUCGUUAAGGAUAAAAGUUUGGUUAAAGGUGAACAGAAGGAAAUUGAUUUCAAACAAAUACCACGAACGUUUCACUUACGUAAUUCUUUGUGGAUUGCAUAAAGUGAUAUUUUACAAUGCAUCCUCUGUAAGUUAGGUUGUAACGAAGGUACGGAAUAUUAUGAUUAAGCAUAUAUCCUGUCAGAAACCAUAUGGACGAAACUGGAAUGGAGCAACGGACCUGAAAUUCGUUAAACAUGAUGUUUCGAAGUUAUUAAGGAGAAUUCCCACUGCCUCUUCAUUUGGCAGAUGUCAGUAGUGCCAGCACAGUGGUGCUUCAGUGUGACCUACACUUAUGAAUGACUCGGGACCCGAUGAAGAUGAAUCGGUACAUCACAUUCAACCAGCUAGGAGAUGGCACAUAUGGUUCUGUUGUCCUGGGCCAGAGAGUUGAUACUGGCGAGAAAGUUGCUAUUAAAAGGAUGAAACGGAAGUAUUAUUCUUGGGAUGAAGCAAUGAACCUACGAGAAGUGAAGUCACUGAAGAAAUUAAGCCAUGCAAAUGUUGUGAAGUUGAAGGAGGUCAUUAGAGAGAAUGACACGUUGUACUUUGUGUUUGAGUACAUGAAGGAGAACCUGUAUCAGCUGAUGAAAGACAGAGAUAAACACUUCCCUGAACCUGUGAUUCGCAACAUGACAUAUCAGGUCCUUCAGGGUUUGGCUUUCAUGCAUCGUCAUGGCUUCUUUCACCGCGAUAUGAAACCAGAGAAUUUGCUGUGUAUGGGGCCAGAGCUUAUUAAAAUUGCAGACUUUGGACUUGCAAGGGAGAUCAGGUCUCGGCCGCCAUAUACCGACUAUGUGUCCACACGAUGGUAUCGUGCCCCUGAGGUCUUGCUUCACUCAACGAUGUACAGCAGUCCAAUUGAUAUGUGGGCUGUUGGUUGUAUUCUGGCUGAGCUGUACACUUUUCGUCCCCUCUUCCCUGGAAACAGCGAAAUAGAUGAAAUAUUUAAAAUAUGCUCAGUUCUUGGUACACCGGACAAGAGAGACUGGCCAGAGGGUCAUCAGCUUGCAAGUGCGAUGAAUUUUAAGUUCCCUCAGUUCUCCCCUACCCCACUUAGCUCUAUCAUCCCUAAUGCCAGUAAGGAUGCCAUUAUGUUGAUGGAGAACAUGUUGCGUUGGAAUCCAAGCAAGAGACCUACGGCUCAUCAGUCACUUAGGUAUCCAUAUUUUCAAGUGGGUCAGAAACUUGGAAAUUUGAUUCAGCAGCAAGACUCUUUGGGUAGAGCCAAGAACAGUGCCACGUUUUCUCAGAGUUUUGGCCACCAACAUCAGCCUUCUGCCCUAGUUUACACUUUCUCUCAACAAGACGGCACCGCAGGAAGGACAAAUAAAGGCAGUGCCAUAUUGUCUCAGAGUAUCGGACAGAAUCAUAACCCCAGUCACACGUACAAUUUCAAGCAGUCUGAAAAUGUUCCGUCAGGUCGUAACAAAGGUAACGGAAUCAUAUCGCAGCCUCAAAGUAUCAUUCGUCAGCAGCAGUCACUGCUAAGCCAUAGUCACAAGAAGGAUGUUCAGCCAAACAGCAAAUGGGAUGAUGUUAAUGAUGAGGAGUUUGCUGACAUUCUUGGGGGAAAAAUACUUCCUCCAGAGCCAGUGACAAAAAGCGUAAAGGAUCGGACACUCAAGGAGAAUCGGUCUGCAUGGCACGGUUUGUACCAGCGUCAGCCAUCAGCCCAAUCACGUAUAUCUCAGCAGCAGCAAACAAGAAGAAAGCUGAGUGCCAAGCAGCAUUACCUUACAGUGGCCCGGUAUGUGGCCGGUCAAAGUACAAAUAUUAAUAAUGGAAGCAAGGAGGAUGGACCUGUACAUCCUUCUGCCAAUGAACAUAUCCUGCCAUCGCGAGACUACUCACCUUCCAUGUGGAGCCAGCAAGGUAACUAUGGUGGUGGCCUUGACACAGGGGGUUCUAUGACAGCGAAGCAACGCUACCUAACUCGUUCACGGUACAUAGCAGGACAGAGCACCAAGUUACCAUUCCGCAAUUCAAAUGUAAAUGCCGUUUCAUAUGGGGCUGUCAACUUAGGUCCAGAAAUUAAAAGUCCCCAUGUAUCUAUGUCUCUUCAGUCAAGGAAACUGUUUGCAGACUCAGCCAUUCCUUCAAAGCACAGUGGCGGUGUACAUGGGAGAACUGACUGGGCUGCCAAGUAUUUAAAAUGACUGAAAGAAAUUUGUAGAAGAGACAGAAGUCUGUAAUAAUAACUGUGAUAUAAUGAAUCUUCAACAUAAGACAUGGUUGCACAAAGAUCAAACCGGACUUAGUGUGUACAGAUUCAUAUUGUGCAUGUGUUGUGUAAAUGUGUAAUAAGCCCUUCACUGUAGAUUUAGAAUAGAUGUAAUUUUAAUAAUAAAUAAAAAGAAGUAUA